GCCCGCGAUCCCAGCCCCGGGAGAGGACUCGCAUUUCUACUUGCGGGACACUUUUGUGCGUUUCUCUCUCGAGCGCCUCUCGCGCUCGCCCCUCCUGCGCUCGCUCUUUCUUACCCUCACCUCAUUUUCUCCCCUUCUCUCUCUCUUUCUCCAGCCCGGGUUCCUUCCUAGAGUGGUUCUUGUCGCUGCCCCCCUCGAUCCUUGUCCCUCUCUCCCCCUUCCCCUCUGGGGGGUGUGUGGCAACUUUUCCCCCUCGCUUCUCCUCCUUCUGUUUCCCCUUAUAUGUGACCAUGGCAGUGCCGGCGGCUUUGAUCCCUCCGACCCAGCUGGUCCCCCCUCAACCCCCGAUCUCCACUUCUGCUUCCUCCUCUGGCACCACCACCUCCACCUCCUCGGCGACGUCGUCUCCGACUCCGUCCCUCGGACCCCCGGCGUCUUCUGGGCCAACUCUGUUCCGGCCAGAGCCCAUCGCCUCUUCUGGUUCUUCUUCGGCGGCGACCACAGUCACCUCUCCUGGUAGCGGCGGCGGCGGCAGCGGAGGCGGCGGUGGCAGCGGCGGCAACGGAGGCGGCGGCGGCGGCGGGAGCAACUGCAACCCCAGCCUGGCGGCCGGGAGCGGCGGCGGCAGCAUUAGCGCUGGCGGCGGCGGCGCCUCCAGCACCCCCAUCACCGCAAGCACCGGCAGCAGCAGCAGCAGUAGCAGCAGCAGCAGCAGCAGCAGCAGCAGUAGCAGCAGUAGCAGUAGCAGUAGCAGCAGCUGCGGCCCCCUCCCCGGGAAACCUGUGUACUCAACCCCAUCCCCAGUGGAAAACACCCCCCAGAAUAAUGAGUGCAAAAUGGUGGAUCUGAGGGGGGCCAAAGUGGCUUCCUUCACGGUGGAGGGCUGCGAGCUCAUCUGCUUGCCCCAGGCUUUCGACCUGUUUCUGAAGCACUUGGUGGGGGGCUUGCACACCGUCUACACCAAACUGAAGCGGUUGGAGAUCACACCGGUGGUGUGCAAUGUGGAACAGGUUCGCAUCCUGAGGGGACUGGGGGCCAUCCAGCCCGGAGUGAACCGCUGCAAACUCAUCUCCAGGAAGGACUUCGAGACCCUCUACAAUGACUGCACCAAUGCCAGUUCCAGACCUGGAAGGCCUCCUAAGAGGACUCAAAGUGUCACCUCCCCAGAGAACUCGCAUAUCAUGCCACAUUCUGUCCCUGGCCUCAUGUCUCCUGGAAUAAUUCCACCAACAGGUUUGACUGCAGCUGCUGCAGCUGCUGCAGCUGCUACCAAUGCAGCUAUUGCUGAAGCAAUGAAGGUGAAAAAAAUCAAAUUAGAAGCCAUGAGCAACUAUCAUGCCAGUAACAACCAACAUGGAGCAGAUUCUGAAAACGGGGAUAUGAAUUCAGGUGUCGGACUGGAGCUUCCUUUUAUGAUGAUGCCCCAUCCUCUAAUCCCUGUAAGCCUACCUCCAGCAUCUGUCACCAUGGCGAUGAGCCAGAUGAACCACCUUAGCACCAUUGCAAAUAUGGCAGCAGCGGCACAAGUUCAAAGUCCUCCGUCUAGGGUGGAGACAUCAGUUAUUAAGGAACGUGUUCCUGAUAGUCCCUCACCUGCCCCUUCCCUUGAGGAGGGCCGAAGACCUGGCAGCCACCCAUCAUCGCACCGCAGCAGCAGCGUGUCCAGCUCCCCUGCACGGACCGAGAGUUCUUCCGACAGAAUCCCUGUGCAUCAGAAUGGAUUGUCCAUGAAUCAGAUGCUGAUGGGUUUAUCACCAAAUGUGCUUCCUGGGCCAAAGGAGGGAGAUUUGGCUGGUCAUGACAUGGGGCAUGAGUCAAAAAGAAUUCACAUUGAAAAAGAUGAGACCCCGCUUUCUACACCAACCGCAAGAGACAGCAUCGACAAACUUUCUCUAACCGGGCAUGGGCAACCACUACCUCCAGGCUUCCCGUCUCCCUUCUUGUUUCCCGAUGGCCUAUCUUCCAUAGAGACCCUUCUCACUAACAUACAGGGCCUUUUGAAAGUUGCCAUAGAUAAUGCCAGAGCUCAAGAAAAACAGGUCCAACUGGAAAAAACAGAACUGAAGAUGGAUUUUUUGAGGGAAAGAGAGCUAAGAGAGACACUGGAGAAGCAGUUGGCCAUGGAACAAAAAAACAGAGCCAUCGUCCAAAAGAGGCUAAAGAAGGAAAAGAAAGCAAAGAGAAAACUGCAGGAAGCUCUGGAAUUUGAGACCAAACGCCGUGAGCAAGCAGAGCAGACACUGAAACAAGCAGCUUCCGCAGACAGUCUCAGGGUGUUAAAUGACUCCCUGACCCCAGAGAUAGAAGCUGACCGCAGCGGCGGAAGAACAGACGCUGAAAGGACAAUACAAGAUGGAAGACUGUAUUUGAAAACUACCGUCAUGUACUGAAUCUUUCCUGUUGAAAAAAUCCAUCCUUUCAUAGAGAACUCUGGAGUCAGACAUUCAUCGCUGGAAAGUUCAGGAAAACAACAAAAAUGUCCAUAUAAAGGAACUUCUUCUAUUUUGUGUGUUAGUGCUCUUUAACAUUUAAGUAUUCCACAAAAGCAGAAAAAAUUUCCGCCAUUGCUUUUCCACCUGUGGCUCAUACCGGAAACUGAGAAUGUUUAUAAAUGUACACAUCUCAACCUUCCUACAGUCAAUAACUCAGCUGUGCUGCUGGACACGUGUAGACAGAGAUAACGAUGGGUCUUAAGAACACCUAGCUUUCCUUUGUUUUCCUUUUGUUCUUAAUGGAAUGAACCAUUUCUCCUCUUCUGAAAAUUCUGUAACUGAGCGCAUCAACAGACUGUUGCAGUGUUCACCCAGACUUAUAGACCUGUGUCUCACAGAAACCAGCAAGAAUAUACGGGAUGAACCUGUAAGGGGCAUCGAGGAUGCUGUUGGGGAAUGAGAGAAGUGAAAGUAUUCUGUUACGUUUGAUUUUAAACUCUGUAAUUGUGGAUUUUCUCCUGAAGACUUUUUUCAUAUACUUUCUGAAAGACCAACAAAUGUGUGUUAACAACUCAAUGGAAUUACAUUUUGCAUAUCUGAAACAGAAGCAUUGAAUAUAAGCCAAAAGGUUUCCCUGAUGGUCUCUUUUUCUUAAAGAUAAAAAAAAAUAUAAAUAUAUAUAUAUAUAUAAAUAUAACAUGUUUUCAUUCCAAACUAGUAGUGGUAUAUAGGAUUACAAAUAAUAACAUUGCUUCUUACUCAAAUUGUUGGUCACAUGUACAGUAUAUAAACAUAAAACUCACAGGAAGGUAUUAUGUAUGCAGUAGUACACUAGCGUUUAGGCAAUGAAAAUUUUAGAAAAUAUGUUUUGUCACCCUGUGGGUCAGAAAGAUGUCUUUCUGGUUUUAACGCAUGCAGGCAUGUAAAUAUUUGUCUGGAGUCACAGUAUUAAUGAGUGAGAUCUUAUGAAUCUGGUGACAUCAGAACUCUGUGUCAGUCACUUUUAUUUGUAUAUUGAUCCCUAGUGAGUGCCCCAAACUGCACUACAGAGGAGGAAUUGUGACUGACCAGUAAAUCAAAACACCAGAGAUAUUUUUAUAUGUUAAUGUCAUAAUAUGUUAAUGUUGCUGAAAAACAAAACUUAACAAGCCCUUGGUGUAUUGGUCCAAUACCACGUAGCCCCGAGUGAUGAAGUUAAACUGUGCCGUGCUUCCCGCCCUGUUCAGAGGGAAGGGUGGCUAUGUGUUAUUUUUACUGUCUUUUUGAAAGUUACAGUAUGUGUUUUCAUAUUUGUGCAUAUAACUGGAAGUAAAGCUGCAAACAGUGCUAUUACACACUGACGUUCCCUUUGUUUUUACACACUAGGAGUGACACUUUUAAAGACUUAGGUGAAUCAGUGCAGUUGCUGUCCACUUUAUGAUUUUCUCUGCCAUCCUAAAAUUUUAUAUAAUAACAUUUUUAUUCCCAUAAAGCAACAAAGUAAUAAGUCUAAGAAAGCUAGUUUCAAUGUGUAAAGAUAGUUCUGAUUGGGUAAUCAUUAUUUGGAUAAGAAAAAAAUUUCCCAUUAUGGAUACUGUGUCACUAAGCUCCUGUACUUUUUAGGUCUUCCUUGCAGUUCUGAAACAUAACUAAUUCUUGGCUAUAACUUGCUAUUAACUGGUUAAGUCCAUUUUUAAUACAACAAAGGGUUAUAUGUACAGUUCUUUCUUUUAGCUUGCUUUAAAAAGGAGUGAUACUUUAAUUUAAAAUGUUGUUAGUAACUGCUUUCUAGAAACUUGGUUUGCUGAGCAUAAUUCUUCCAUGAUCAUGUUUUGUUGUUUGAGGAAAAGAGAGUCUUUUCCUACUUACAGGUAUAUUUUGUUUGUUUUUUCUUACAUACAGUCUUUCAAAAGUUACAACACUUAAAAUUGGAUGGACUUGUGUCAAGAUUUGGAGUCAUACAUUAGCAGACCUUUUUUUUUUUAAGCCUACAAUUUACAUAGGCAGCAGAGUUGGUCACUGCUCUGCUCCUGGUGUAGAGUCACCUGUUAAGUGGGGUUCAUCAUUGUGAAAUGCAUACGUGAAAGACCUCUGAGAAUGCUUUAGUGUUUGGUUCAACAAAAAGAAAAUAUUAGAACUGAAGAAAAAUGCUGUCUGCUGUAUGUUGCGACUCUUAUUAACCUGUUGUAAAUAAUACAAUUCACACAAUGUUAUUGUAAGUUUGUAACUUAAUUUUCCCCUUUUUAGUUAAACAGGUUUGUUUAGAAACUUGUGUUUUGGUGUAAGCAAGUAAAAUUGUGUCCAUUUUAUGGUCUCCAUGCCUUUGUAAUCUUACAAAUAUUAAUGUCUAGUUGUUCUAUAUUAUAACCAUAUUUGCGCUCUAUGCAAGCCCUUGGAACAGAACAUACUCAUCUUCAUGUAGGACCUAUGAAAAUUGUCUAUUUUUAUCUAUAUAUUUAAAGUUUUCUAAAAAUGAUAAAAGGUUAUUACGAAUUUUGUUGUACAAAAUCUGUACAAAAAUCUGUUUUUACAUCAUAAUGCAAGAAUUGGAAAUUUUUCUAUGGUAGCCUAGUUAUUUGAGCCUGGUUUCAAUGUGAGAACCACGUUUACCGUUAUUGUAUUUAAUUUUCUUUUUCUUUUCAACAAUCUCCUAAUAAAAAUGUCUGAAAUCGC